AUGGCUUCAAGCGUCCCUCUCCUCGGCCCACCGGAGGCCUACCGGAAAUCACAAUCUGCCGUCGAUGGAACCACCUCCCCGGUCGAAUCCAAGCUCGAAAACCUCAACCUCAACGGCGGUGGUGGACGCGGCGGAGGCGGAGGUGGCGGACGCGGCGGAAGCUGUGGCGGUCGCUCCGGGAAAUCAACUCGUCCACGGUUCGGAAGGACAGAGAACGGCUCCAUCACGUACAAGUCGGCCGGCAACCCCUGCCUCGAAUUCUUCUUCCACGUAGUUCCGUCCACACCGAGGGAGUGGGUGGUCAAACGACUGAGGAAGGCAUGGCGUUUUGAUCCGCUCACGACGCUGAAGCUGAUCUGCAACUUGCGGGGUGUAAGAGGGACUGGAAAGUCCAACAAAGAGAAGUUUUACACCGCCGCGCUGUGGCUCUACGAGAAACACCCGAUUACUUUAGCUCGCAACGCGAGAGUGAUCGCCGAUUUCGGUUACUUCAAAGAUCUGCUCGAGAUUCUCUACCGAUUGCUCGAAGGCAGCGACGUGAGGGACAUAGCGCGAAGCCAGUGGCAGAGUAAGAAGCGGAGUUACGGGAAAGCGACGAAGGCGUUCUUGAGGUACCUUUCCGACUCCGAUUUCCGAUUGCUUCACGAUUCAAUCGCGCAGAUGUUCGCCGACGCUCUGAAGCAAGACCUGGAGAAUCUGAGCGCUCGCCAAUUCCGCAGCAUCAGCCUGGCCGCCAAAUGGUGCCCGUCGUUGGAUUCUUCGUACGACAAAGCGACUCUGAUCUGCGAGAGCAUCGCCAGGAGAGUUUUCCCCAAGGAAUCAGAUCCCGAAUACGAAAAAAUCGAGGAUGCGCACUACGCGUACCGCGUGAGGGAUCGGCUGAGGAAGCAGGUUCUGGUGCCUCUCCGGCGAGCAAUUAAACUUCCCGAGGUGUACAUGAGCGCCAGGCAGUGGCGGAACCUGCCUUACGACAGAGUUCCUUCAGUGGCGAUGAAGAAUUACAAGGGCCAUUUCGUAAAGCACGACGGGAAGCGAUUCAACAAGUACUUGGAAGACGCGGCGCAGGGGAAGGUCAAGAUUGCAGCCGGAGCGUUACUUCCCCAUGAGAUCAUCGCAGAUGUGAAGUCCUCCUCUGCCGACGGAGGCAAAGUGGCGGAGCUCCAAUGGGCGAGAAUGGUGGAGGAUAUGGCGAAGAUCGGGAAGCUGAAUGAUUGCAUCGCCGUCUGCGAUGUAUCCGGGAGCAUGUUUGGGGAGCCGAUGGAAGUGUGCGUUGCUUUGGGGCUGUUGAUUUCGGAGCUGAGCGAGGAGCCGUGGAAAGGGAAGGUGAUCACGUUUCACCAAGACCCGCGGCUGAAUGUGGUGGAGGGGAAGAGCCUUUUGGAGAAGACGGAGUUCAUAAGGAAGAUGGAUUGGGGAGGGAGCACGGAUUUCCAGAAGGUGUUCGACAGGAUCUUGGAAGCCGCGGUGGAGAACGGCGCGAGCGAGGAGCAAAUGGUGAGGAAGGUGUUUGUUUUCAGCGACAUGGAGUUCAAUAUGGCAUCGGGCCAUUACCACUAUGGUAGCUACGGCUGUGGCAGUCGUGGUUAUGGAUACGGGUAUGGUGACGAUUCCGGUGACGAUGAUUCUUCGGAUGAGAAUUACGGUGAGGAAGAUGGUGGAGGCAGGGUAGAUGGAGAAGGGGAAGGGGAAGAGGAAGAUCAGCGGCCGGUGGAAGGAUGGGAGACGGACUACGAGGCGAUCCAGAGGAAGUUCAAGGAGAAGGGGUUUUCGAGGGUGCCGGAGAUAGUGUUCUGGAACCUGAGGGACUCGUCGGCGACGCCGGUGAAGGCGACGCAGAGUGGGGUGGCGCUGGUGAGUGGCUACUCGAAGAAUCUGGUGAAGCUGUUCAUGGAGGAAGGUGCGAUCGCUGGUCCGGUUUCGAUAAUGCACAAGGCCAUCGAGGGGGAGUUGUAUCAGAGAUUGGUUGUCUGCGAUUAG